AUGCAUUCUCUUGGCUCGUUGCGUUCGGUUCGACACGAGAGUCACAUUGCGGUCAUGCACGUCGAAUGCAAGCAACGCAGAUGGAAAGACAGCAAUGCUGCACUUCGGCGCUGUGUCGCGCUCUCCUCGCAGACUUUAGUCGCAGGUGAGAUGUCUCGCUCGUGGUACUGUAUGAUUCUGAUAUGCAUCCUUCGUCACCUUCAAGCCGACGUGGAACGACCAAUGGAAGCUGCUGCCAAGCUCCGACUGCAACGCCGUCGAGCGUGGCAUCGUCGAGCUGCACCACCGUUCGGUAUUACCUUUUGA